AAAAAUCGAAAAAAAAAUCAAAAUUUUCCAAAAUCUCAAAAAUUCCCAUUGAAAAACGGCCGAACAAGAAACGAAUUACACGCCGACACUUUUUUUGGUGGGGGGCAUUAUUCGUUGCAAGUUGGACGACGGAAAAUCGCAUAAAAUCUUCUGAAUCAUUUGGUGGAACAUUUAGUUGGAUAUUCGACGUCGGUUUGACAACACAGUUCGCAAAGGAGAAACGGUUGGAAAUAAUUUUUUGAAAAAAAAAAAAAAAACAUCGGGCGUGUGUGCACUGUGCAAUCCAAAAUAGGAAGAAUCCAUAUUUGGAAUAAAUAAAAUCCAAAAACAGUAUCUAAGUCAAUUUAAACAAAAAAAAACAAGCGUAGAAACCAUGGUUAAGGCUCCAGCAAUUGGUAUUGAUUUGGGCACCACCUAUUCCUGUGUUGGUGUCUGGCAGCACAACAAAGUCGAAAUCAUUGCCAAUGACCAGGGCAAUCGUACAACGCCCAGUUAUGUGGCCUUCAAUGAUACGGAACGUCUGAUUGGCGAUGCGGCCAAGAAUCAGGUGGCCAUGAAUGCCAAGAACACCGUUUUUGAUGCUAAACGUUUGAUCGGCCGCAAGUUCGAUGAUCAAAAGAUCCAAGAAGAUAUGAAACAUUGGCCCUUCCAGGUGAUCAACGACUGUGGCAAACCUAAAAUUGAAGUUGAAUUCAAGGGAGAACGCAAACGCUUUGCUCCCGAGGAAAUCAGUUCCAUGGUCUUGUCAAAAAUGAAGGAAAUUGCCGAAGUCUAUUUGGGUGGUAAGGUGAGUGAUGCUGUCAUCACUGUGCCCGCCUAUUUCAAUGAUUCGCAGCGUCAAGCCACCAAAGAUGCUGGUUCGAUUGCUGGCCUUAAUGUUUUGCGUAUCAUCAACGAACCGACAGCUGCUGCCCUGGCCUAUGGUUUGGAUAAGAAUUUGAAAGGAGAGAAAAAUGUUUUGAUUUUCGAUUUGGGUGGUGGUACCUUUGAUGUUUCCAUUUUGACCAUUGAUGAAGGUUCUCUGUUCGAGGUGAAAUCCACGGCGGGUGAUACCCAUUUGGGUGGUGAAGAUUUUGAUAAUCGUUUGGUUAACUUCUUUGUGGAGGAAUUUAAACGCAAACAUAAACGUGAUUUGUCCGGCAAUGUAAGGGCCUUGAGACGUUUGCGCACUGCCUGUGAGAGGGCAAAACGUACCUUGUCUUCCAGCUCGGAGGCCUCCUUGGAAAUUGAUGCCUUGCAUGAGGGCAUUGAUUUUUAUUCGAAAAUCACCAGGGCUCGUUUUGAAGAAUUGAACAUGGAUUUGUUCCGUUCCACAUUGGUGCCAGUGGAGAAGGCCUUGAAUGAUGCCAAAAUGGAUAAAUCUUCAGUACAUGAUGUGGUUUUGGUUGGUGGUUCCACACGCAUUCCCAAGAUCCAGAAAAUGUUGCAGGACUUUUUUGGAGGCAAACAGCUGAAUUUAUCCAUUAAUCCCGAUGAGGCUGUGGCCUAUGGUGCCGCUGUCCAAGCUGCCAUUUUGACCGGUGUUGGCAGCUCCCAAAUUCAGGAUGUCUUGUUGGUCGAUGUCACCCCCUUGUCGUUGGGCAUUGAGACAGCCGGUGGUGUUAUGACCAAACUGAUUGAACGCAACGCACGCAUUCCAUGCAAACAGCAACAGACCUUCACCACAUACAGUGACAAUCAAAAUGCCGUCACCAUUCAGGUGUAUGAAGGUGAAAGAGCCAUGACCAAGGAUAAUAAUCUGUUGGGCACCUUCAAUCUAACCGGCAUUCCACCAGCUCCCCGAGGUGUACCAAAAAUUGAGGUAACCUUUGAUUUGAAUGCUGAUGGCAUCUUAAAUGUGUCGGCCAAGGAUAAUAGCACUGGUAAAUCGGAAAAGAUAACCAUUACCAAUGAUAAGGGACGUUUGUCCAAGGCCGACAUUGAUCGCAUGUUAGCCGAGGCUGAGAAAUACAAAGAUGAAGAUGAAAAACAGAGGCAAAGGGUCCAGGCACGCAACAAUUUGGAAUCGUACAUUUUCAGCUGUAAACAGGCCGUUGAAGAAGCCCCUGCCGAUAAGUUAACCGACUCCGAUAAGGCCACAGUUCGUGACAAAUGCUCGUCGGAAAUGUCCUGGCUCGAUAACAACACUUUGGCCGAGAAAGAAGAAUUUGAGGAUCACUUAAAGGAUUGCCAACGUGUUUGCGGUCCAAUUAUGACAAAAAUGCAUGGUGGUGGUCCUUCAGCUGCCGGUGGUGCUGGCCAAGGUGGACAGGCUGGUCGUGGUGGUCCAACCGUUGAAGAAGUCGAUUAAAUUUAACUUCAAAAUUGUUUAAUAUUUUUUUGUUUGUCUACAAUAUUAUU